UUUACAGCCAAGAAAUAAUAAAACGACAAUUCGAAUGGGUUCUCUUGUCUCUCCAGCCCGGGAGCUUCGAACAUUGGCACAAUACCCUCAGCUAGCCAUUUCAAAAGCCAAAGAUGAUCCUGAAAUCAGAGCCAAAUACCGUCCCUUUUUGCUAGAUGCAGAGCUCGAAGCUACGGAUUGGAUCUCUCAGUUGGAGUUAGAGACUACAAUUGCCAUGGCGGAGGAGAAUUUAGCAAAGACUGAAUCCAGAUUAAAGGUUCUAGUGCUCUAUGGAAGCCUGCGGAAACGCUCCUACUCCAAACUAAUGGCCUUCGAAGCCUCCCGCAUUCUUCACCGUCUCGGCUGCGACGUUCGCAUUUUCAACCCGAGCGAACUCCCUAUCCGCGACUCUGUCGACGCCACGCACCCUUCGGUUCAAGAACUACGCUCCCUAUCCCUCUGGUCCGAUGGGCACAUCUGGUGUUCGCCUGAACAGCACGGAAACCUCACUGCCGUCUUCAAAAACCAAAUAGACUGGAUCCCUUUAUCCACAGGUUCGGUGCGGCCUACACAAGGCCGCACACUAUCCGUGAUUCAGGUCAAUGGUGGGAGUCAGAGCUUUAACGCUGUUAAUAGUCUGAGGAUACUGGGGAGGUGGAUGAGGAUGUUCACUAUUCCGAAUCAGAGUAGUUUGCCAACUGCGUGGAAGCAGUUUGAGGAUGAGGGGGGAGAUGGUAGUGGGAAGGCUAGGUUGUUGCCAAGUGGGAACCGGGAGAGGCUAGUGGAUUGUAUGGAGGAGUUUGUUAAGUAUACGAUUGUCAUGAGGCCGCAUUUUGAGUUGUUCGAGGAUCGAUUUAGUGAAAGGAAGGAAAGGCAUGACAGGGAGACAGAGUGUGACGGUUAAAAACGACAUUCUUUAGAAAACAGUAU